AGUGGUUUUACACGGAGCUGAUUCAGUGGAAAUCAUGCGACGAAGGAUGUGUAUUAGCAAGUUUUCGCAGUACCCUAGAUGAUUUAUUAUAUCCAUCAUCAUUCGUCGGUUCGAUGGCAGGAAUGGACAUAGACUUAUUAAUGGAACCAACAAAUCUAUUUCCAGGAACAAUUUCGCCAAAGUUAGAGGUUAGUACUAAAACUACAGUUGAAGAAACCUUCUUUGAUCUUCAGUCGGAUAGUUCAAGAACAACACUGGUAAAAUCGAAACCGACGAUAUCAAGACCACCGCACCAGAAAGGGUUCCCGAGAAGAGUUUGCCACUCCGUUGCAUUCAGCAGGGCUCAAAAAAAUAUACCGUUAAAGAGAAAGGCAAGGCCUCCCUUCAAAUAUUCCAAAGUAUCAGACGACUUGAUUUUGAGGACUAAUCCCAAUAUAGUUUUGGGAGGUGAUCAAUCUGAUGCCGAUAAAGCUUCAACUAUUUCGCACUGCUAUUGCGCAUCUAAAAAGUCGAAGAGUGCAAAUUCGCAAAUGAUAGGGAACUGGCUAGCACAAACCUAUCAGGAAGGCCGUGGUAAAGUACACAGUAAGACCGAUAAUCACAAAGAAACCUGUUCUCUGUGCACCAUGUAUGACGGUUAUUUCAUCUCCAAUUGUCCUAAACCGAAAAGUUCGCGCCAUUCGUGGGUAACAAGCAGAAGUAAGCCUCCAAAGUUGUGUUGGUACUGUAAACAAAAUUACUCCGAAACAUAUCCGACAUCGGCAUUUAAAAAUGGGUCUUCAUGUAAAUCAGAUGUGUCCGAUAGUUCCAGGAAAAGAGUUUGUUUUUGUUCACCAACCGAGAAAGCGAGUACUUUAGCCCAGCGAUUGCAUGAUAAAUUAUCCAAGACACUCGAUACCAAUAGCAGACUUUUUCAAAGAUGCAUUGAUUUUGACGAUUGCUAGGAUACAAAUUUUUAAGGAAACUUGCAAAAAAUUACCUGGCAUUCAUGUGAUAAGACGAGUGGAAUGUACAAGAAUCACCUCGCAUUCUUUAAUUCAUGAAUAUGUGGACCGCAUGAUAGGAUACUAGAGAUAAAUUAUUUGUAGUUGUCAUAUACUUAAAAUAAAACAUAUAAAAAUGUA